AUGGGGACCAUACUGGCGGCGGCGGCGGGGCCGGGCACGGCGCUGGAGGACCUGCCGAAGGACGCGCUGCUGUGCAUCCUCACCCUCCUCGCGCCGCCCGACGCCGCCGCUGCCGCCGCGUCCUCCCCAGCGCUCCCGCUCGCUCUCGCGCUCCGCCUCGGCCUGCCCCCGCCCCCGCCGUCUCGCCCGCUGCUCCCCGCCGCCCCCUGCCCCGCCGCCGCUCGCAGGCUCCUCCGAUCGCUCCACCGCCUCCGCCGCUUCCUCGGGCUCUGGCGCCGCCUCCCCUCCGGCUCCGGCUACGCCUCCCCGUCCCUCGCCGCGUUCGAGUGGGCCCCGCGCGCCACGCUCGCGGCGUCACUCCUCGCCCCCUCCGCGGACGGCGGCGUCGGCGUCUCCAAGUCCCCCUUCGUGACGCUCUCCAUCGACGAGUCCGGCGACACGGUGGCGGUCGUCGGGGAAGUGCCGGUCUGCGUCAAUUUCGUCGGGAACAACCACUUUGUGGUGGAGGCGGCGGCGGGUGAAGAUGAGGAGGUGGAAAUGGUGAGCGGUUCGCCGCCGGAGGAGAUGUACGCGCACUUCGCCAAUCGGAGGAGCCCUGGGGCCGGUAGAAGGAGGAGGGGCAAGCAAGGGAGGAGAGGAGGCGGGAUGGAGGCAGAGCACUUCGUGAGGAUUGCGGACACUGAGCCGACGAAGACACGGCCGCUGCAGGGGCUGUGGAAGGGUAUAUGCGAGGAUAUGACUCUGGAAUUUUACCUCGUCACCUAUGAUAACAUUGGUGGAGUAACUUGUCGACGAUUUAGGGAUACACGGAGCCAAAAUUCUGGCUACUCUCCUGUCUUUUGGACGACAGAUACUACAUUUCUUGAACCACCAUUCUCUGAGCAAGAGCUGGAUAAUUAUACCAGCCGCGAUCAUAUCCAAGGUGUUACUUCCAACCAUGCUGGCACUGAGAACAGGGUUAUCUCAAGGAUAUUGUGCAUCAAUUCCAGUUAUGAUGUGGUUGAUCCUCAUCUCUCGACUCCCUUAGAUGAUGGGAGGAGUGUGGAGGGAAGGAUUUGGCUAUAUGAGGAUGGAACCUUCGGUUUUGGAUUUGUUGGCAGUAAUUCAAUUAUAGAUCUGAGGCAUGUCUCCUCAGCUGGUUGUAUUCUUGAUACUUAA